AUGGCCUUGAGAGGACAGGGCUCCCUCCAGUUGCUCCUUGGGAAAUCCGUUUUCGGCGCGAAAAAGCGCAAAGCCGGCAAGGAGGAACCAAACACUGCGACCAAGCGACAGCAAACCUUUGCAGAGCAACUCGAUCUGCCUGCACCACCUGAUGGCAGCGGCUGGCUCCGCAUCGAGGCCGCCGUUGUUGGGUUACGGUUCAGAAGGGCCAGCUCGGCCGCCGCCGUCGCUGCGGUUGCAGCCACAGCAGUACCAUCACAUCCCAGUGCUGCCGCCGCCGCCGCCGACAGUACGGUGCACCGAAUGAACAGCUGGCCGCCUGUUCAAGGCCAUCAAUAUCGCUUGGUUCCGGAGCCCACCAACCCACAAGACGUAAAUGCAGUCCAGGUCCUACUCUGCACCACAACGGCUGGGAGCAGCAGCGGCGGGCCCAGCGCUACGCCGCCUGCCGCCGCCAAUGGCGCCGCCCACCUGGGGCCUCUUUUGCGGGCUGGACAGCUCGAAACGCAGGCCUAUAGCCCCCUCGCAGGGGGCCAAAGUCUGGAGCCUGUGUACGUGUGGCGGAAUGAGCACUCCAUGGGCUACACCAGGGAGGGUCAUCACACGGCCAUGGCGUCUCCUGGUUAUCCCAUUAACGAUGACUGCGGAAAUUACUUCCUUUGCCAUCUUCCAGCAAGUGCUCGGCUGCGUGGCUGUGGUGUUGGAGCGGAAGCUGCGGACUCCAGGGACGCAGAUGGCGGUCAGAAGUCAGGAGACGUGGCGGGUUUGAGAGGUGGUACGGCAGGCGGUGGCGGCGCCGCGGGGCCGCGCGAGGGUUCCGGUGCCGACGGCGCCACUGCGGCCACGGAGGCGGCGCUGGAGGCGGCAGUGGCGGCAGCUGCCGCGUGGAGGCUUGCCCGCUCGUCCCCAAACACCGCGGCAGGGGAAGUGCUGCGUAGCAAUUUUGCGACAAUGGCGGCUGAUGUCAGGCGCCACGACGGACACUUGUUGACCUCCCUGGAGCUCGGCCUGCUGGACAGACUGCAGGGCCUACCGCCGCCAGCGCAGUGCCUGUUCCUGCGCCUGCUGCUGCGCCGGGGUCCCUGGUUCACCCUCCGCGGCAUCACCUACCUGGAGUGCGGUGACGUGGCGGUGGCGGCGGAGGCGCUCGUGGCGGCGGAGCUGGCGGUACGGCCCCAGCCUGAGGACUGGCCGCAGGUCGCGGAGCUGUUGCCCGUGGCGGAGCGGGUGCAGCGACCGACGGGGUGCAGGAUGCGGAUGGUAGUGCAGGCGCCGGUGACGCCGGUGCCGGCAAGCGCGGGCGCCAUGGCGCCGCUUGCAGUAGCCGCGGACUGUGCUGCAGAGGUAGUCGAGGCGAUGGUGGGUCCCUGCAUUCGGCUGUCACCCCCCUCCCUGGAGCUGUUGGCCCGCAUGCAGCGGCUCUACUUCCUGGCGGAGGGUCCCGCAGCCGAUCUGGGCAGGUUCCUAGCCACCGAACGCGGCGUCAUCCGCUACCCCACCUAUACCAUCAACCGCUCCUCCUCCGCAUUCACAUGCCGCCAACAGCUCUUGGAGUACGAGCAGGCGUUGGAUCACGCGGCGCAGCUGGAGAGCUGCCUGGAGGCUGGAGACGACGCCGGCGUGGCGGCGGCGCUGGCGCCGGCGCUGGCGGCCGUGCGCGCUGGCGCCCACCGGCUCGUCCGCUGGCGCGGCGACGCCACCAUUCCCGUGCGUGCCGUACCGGGUCCCUGGCCGUGGGAGGCGGCACCAACCGCUGGAUGUGCUGCCGCUGACGUCAAGGACGGCAGCAUGGCAUGUCCGACGGGCGCCGCGAGUGGAGAUGACGGUGGCAUGAGUGAUGGCGCCGGCGGGCCGCAGGUGCGCGGCUCUGCCGAGCCACAGGCGCCUGCGGGGAUGUCUUCAGGGACGGCGUUGACAGCGGUGGCCAAGGCGUCGUGCACGUGCCAUAGCGACGGGAGCUUUGCGGAAAACAGAAGUGCAGGUGGUGGCGAUAGCGGUAUGCGCCGCGGCGAUGACCCGUGGGUCGGUGGUGAAGGCCAGUGCCUCCGUUGCGGCGGUGGCAAGCGGGCACCACCACCACCACCUUCAGGUGCAGGCUGUGGGGUUCUGGAAUCCGUGGAUCUGACGUACAGCAGCGAUGACGAGGGCGGCGGGGAUGGCGUGGAGAUGGAGAACGGAGGUGAUACGGUUACGCCCGCGGCGGCAGUGAUGUCUACAGGUCCAUGUCGCCGUGGUGCUGCUGCUGCCGUUGCUGUUGGCGCUGUUGUUGCGAAGGCAGUGGCGGCAGCUGCAAUGGAGGCCGCGGCGUCUGUGAAGCCGGCGGCGCAAGGCAAGGAAGAGGUGGCGGCUUUAGGGCUACGUACGGAGCAUGUAGUACAGCAGGCGAUGCAGGGACACUUUCCUGUGGUGCAGGUUGCUGGCUAUGCUGAUGGCCGGCGUGUAGGUGCAUGCCAAAAGCAACCUCCGCUGGGGGAGGUGGGGGGCCAGACGCCGGAAGAGGCCAACCGCGACGUGGGGACCGUCAUUGACGUCGGUGUAGACGUCGGCGUCAACCUCAGUGUCGGGCAUGACGGCGGCGGCGUGGCGGGGAUCCUGCAGCCCGCCGGCGGUGGCGGCGAGGAUGACAUCAUGUACGGCGACGAGUACGACAUCCUGUACACCACGGACUGCGGGGGUGUUUCGCCUGGCAACACUGCCGCAGCCAAUCCCAACUCCGACGCGUGCCGGCAGCAGCAGCAGCAGCAGCUGGACGGGGAGGUUGGGCCCCGGGAUGACGCCCAUCAAGUGUCACCAGAUCGCCAGGAGCCCUCCUCGCGUUUAGAUGUGGAACCCAUUCCCGGUGAAAUGCAAGAGCGGACCCAGCAGCCGCAGCCGCAGCCGCAGCCGCAGCAGUUCCUGGCGCGAUUCUGCGCGGCGUGGGUGUAUGCGAGCAUGACCACUGUCGGUGACCCCCCUUUGCCCAGCCGUGUUGGGUUACGUGUGUCCUUUCUGGAGCGCCACCGGCGGUACGGCGAGGCGGUUGCCGAGGCGGCCUUGACGGACCCAUGGGUCCGUCACGGCGACCGUCUGGCGCUCCAACGCCGAGUUCUACGGCUGGGUAAGCCGCCGCGGAGGUGGCGGCGGCCGCCCUGGGCGGCGGCGGCGCUGGCGGAGCCCCGAGAAGUGGUGGUGUCGGGACACAUGCUGCGUGGUCGCACCGGUCUCAAGAGUCGCUUCCUGGCACCAUCCGCCCAGAGCGUCGCUGCAAGCUCUGCCGCUGGCACGAACCCCCCGGGCCCUGCCCCCGCCCGCCCUUCUGCCGUUGGUGCUGCCGGCCCCGCUGCUGCUUCCCCCUUGGUGACCGUGGAGCAGCUGGCGUUGCUGCACUACUGCAGUCCCGCGGGCGGCGGCUGGCGGGGUGUGCACAGCGAGGGGGGCGUGUGGGUGACGAUGUGGGCGCUGCUGUGCUGGGACGUGCUGUUCAUGGACGUGCCUGAGGUGUUCAGGAACCCCUUCCAAACCUCCCCCUUGGAUUUGGACACGGACGCGUUCCUGCCCGCCCGCCGCGCGGCGGUGGACGAGCGUCUGCAGUUGAUUGCCUCCGGUGGCGGCCCCGAGCUGCUCCGCUCCGUGUGGUCCCGUCACGCGGGCACCUGGUGCCGGGGGGUGCACUGGGGGAGGCUGCCGCUGGGGGAGCUGCUGCAGAUUGCUAGGUGCGUUGGCGGGCUGGGUCUGUCGGUGGUAUGCCGCCGGCUGUGCGAGGACGCGGGCGGCUGGCGGGGCGGCAUGCCGGACCUGUUGCUGUGGAGACCGGAGAGGGGGGACGCAAUGGUGUCGGAGGUCAAGGGCCCACGGGACCGAUUGAGUGAUCAGCAGCGCGCGUGGUUGGCAGCACUGGCGGCGGCGGGUGUACGGGCGGAGGUACUGCGGGUGGUGGAGGCGGCGCCGCCGCCACGGCGACAUGCGGAUCAUGGAGCGCAGCAGCGUGACGCCGAAGGUGCUGUUGAUGCUGCCGUUCCCGCUGCUGUUGCUGUUGCUGACGUGGCGGCGGCGGCGGCGGCAGCACCAGCAGCAGUAGCAGCUCUAACGGGCGACCUCGGAGGUGGGGGUGCGAGGGCUGGACGGCGGGUGCUGCUUCGGGGACGCAGGGCCGCGGCGGCGGUGCCAAUUGCCUGUGAAGGUGUGGCGGCGAAGCGACCUGAGGAUCACCCGGCAGUGGCGAGCUUCGGCGUUGGAGCGGCCUUGGCUGUGCCGGCGGCGGGGGCUUCGCUGGCGGCAGCACCCUGCGGCGGCAUAAGUAGUUGCGGUGCUGUGGAUGGGGUAGUCGUAAUCAGCGAUGAUGGUGGUGACGCUGAUGCUGAUGACCACUGA